ACAGAUAAACCGAAGCCGACUCUGACUGUAAAACCCCAGAGUUCAGUGUUCACUGGAGACACAGUUACUCUGAGCUGUGAUGUGGGACAGUUAACUGGAUGGACAAUUCACUGGAGAAAAGACUCAAACCCGGAAUCCACGGCUGAUGCAACUAAAACAAUCAAGUCUGUGAGAGACUCUGAUGAAGGAGAAUACAGGUGCAGAGCACGACGAGGAAACUACUACAGCGAGUUCAGUAAUACAGUUAAGAUUACAGUAACAGUGAGACCCAAACCUGUAGUUGGUGUUGAUCCUGAUAGACGUGUGUUCAGAGGAGAGACGGUCACUCUCACAUGUGACAUACAGCAGACAGGAGUCUGGCAGUACAGCUGGUAUAAAGACAACAAACAAGAUUAUAUCACAGGACGAGACCAGAACUAUAAAAUCCCAUCUGUGGAUCCGUCUCAUAGUGGUGUGUACAGCUGUAGAGGAACUCAGACACAAGCACCAACACACACACAGAUGAGUGACGGAGUUACACUGACAGUAUCAGAUAAACCGAAGCCGACUCUGACUGUAAAACCCCAGAGUUCAGUGUUCACUGGAGACACAGUUACUCUGAGCUGUGAUGUGGGACAGUUAACUGGAUGGACAAUUCACUGGACAAAAGACUCAAACCCGGAAUCCACGGCUGAUGCAACUAAAACAAUCAAGUCUGUGAGAGACUCUGAUGAAGGAGAAUACAGGUGCAGAGCACGACGAGGAAACUACUACAGCGAGUUCAGUAAUACAGUUAAGAUUACAGUAACAGUGAGACCCAAACCUGUAGUUGGUGUUGAUCCUGAUAGACGUGUGUUCAGAGGAGAGACGGUCACUCUCACAUGUGACAUACAGCAGACAGGAGUCUGGCAGUACAGCUGGUAUAAAGACAACAAACAAGAUUAUAUCACAGGACGAGACCAGAACUAUAAAAUCCCAUCUGUGGAUCCGUCUCAUAGUGGUGUGUACAGCUGUAGAGGAACUCAGACACAAGCACCAACACACACACAGAUGAGUGACGGAGUUACACUGACAGUAUCAGAUAAACCGAAGCCGACUCUGACUGUAAAACCCCAGAGUUCAGUGUUCACUGGAGACACAGUUACUCUGAGCUGUGAUGUGGGACAGUUAACUGGAUGGACAAUUCACUGGACAAAAGACUCAACCCCUGAAUCCACGACUGAUGCAACUAAAACAAUCAAGUCUGUGAGAGACUCUGAUGAAGGAGAAUACAGGUGCAGAGCACGACGAGGAAACUACUACAGCGAGUUCAGUAAUACAGUUAAGAUUACAGUAACAGUGAGACCCAAACCUGUAGUUGGUGUUGAUCCUGAUAGACGCGUGUUCAGAGGAGAGACGGUCACUCUCACAUGUGACAUACAGCAGACAGGAGUCUGGCAGUACAGCUGGUAUAAAGGCAACAAACAAGAUUACAGCGCAGGACGAGACCAGAACUAUAAAAUCCCAUCUGUGGAUCCGUCUCAUAGUGGUGUGUACAGCUGUAGAGGAACUCAGACACAAGCACCAACACACACACAGAUGAGUGACGGAGUUACACUGACAGUAUCAGAUAAACCGAAGCCGACUCUGACUGUAAAACCCCAGAGUUCAGUGUUCACUGGAGACACAGUUACUCUGAGCUGUGAUGUGGGACAGUUAACUGGAUGGACAAUUCACUGGACAAAAGACUCAAACCCUGAAUCCACGACUGAUGCAACUAAAACAAUCAAGUCUGUGAGAGACUCUGAUGAAGGAAAUUACUGGUGCAUAGCAAGACGAGGAAACUACUACAGCGAGUUCAGUAAUACAGUUAAGAUUACAGUAACAGUGAGACCCAAACCUGUAGUUGGUGUUGAUCCUGAUAGACGUGUGUUCAGAGGAGAGACGGUCACUCUCACAUGUGACGUACAGCAGACAGGAGUCUGGCAGUACAGCUGGUAUAAAGACAACAAACAAGAUUAUAUCAUAGGACGAGACCAGAACUAUAAAAUCCCAUCUGUGGAUUCGUCUCAUAGUGGUGUGUACAGCUGUAGAGGAACUCAGACACAAGCACCAACACACACACAGAUGAGUGACGGAGUUACACUGACAGUAUCAGAUAAACCGAAGCCGACUCUGACUGUAAAACCCCAGAGUUCAGUGUUCACUGGAGACACAGUUACUCUGAGCUGUGAUGUGGGACAGUUAACUGGAUGGACAAUUCACUGGACAAAAGACUCAAACCCUGAAUCCACGACUGAUGUAACUAAAACAAUCAAGUCUGUGAGAGACUCUGAUGAAGGAGAAUACAGGUGCAGAGCACGACGAGGAAACUACUACAGCGAGUUCAGUAAUACAGUUAAGAUUACAGUAACAGUGAGACCCAAACCUGUAGUUGGUGUUGAUCCUGAUAGACGUGUGUUCAGAGGAGAGACGGUCACUCUCACAUGUGACGUACAGCAGACAGGAGUCUGGCAGUACAGCUGGUAUAAAGACAACAAACAAGAUUACAGCGCAGGACGAGACCAGAACUAUAAAAUCCCAUCUGUGGAUCCGUCUCAUAGUGGUGUGUACAGCUGUAGAGGAACUCAGACACAAGCACCAACACACACACAGAUGAGUGACGGAGUUACACUGACAGUAUCAGAUAAACCGAAGCCGACUCUGACUGUAAAACCCCAGAGUUCAGUGUUCACUGGAGACACAGUUACUCUGAGCUGUGAUGUGGGACAGUUAACUGGAUGGACAAUUCACUGGACAAAAGACUCAACCCCUGAAUCCACGACUGAUGCAACUAAAACGAUCAAGUCUGUGAGAGACUCUGAUGAAGGAGAAUACAGGUGCAGAGCACAACGAGGAAACUACUACAGCGAGUUCAGUAAUACAGCUAAGAUUACAGUAACAGUGAGACCCAAACCUGUAGUUGGUGUUGAUCCUGAUAGACGUGUGUUCAGAGGAGAGACGGUCACUCUCACAUGUGACAUACAGCAGACAGGAGUCUGGCAGUACAGCUGGUAUAAAGACUACAAACAAGAUUACAGCGCAGGACGAGACCAGAACUAUAAAAUCCCAUCUGUGGAUCCGUCUCAUAGUGGUGUGUACAGCUGUAGAGGAACUCAGACACAAGCACCAACACACACACAGAUGAGUGACGGAGUUACACUGACAGUAUCAGAUUCCCCCAGAUCUUCACUGACUGUGACUCCAGACAGUCUUGUAUUCACUGAAGAGACAGUCAAUCUGACGUGUGUGAUUGAGUCUAAUAAUCUGUGUUUUGCUGUUUAUGAUAAGAGAAUUCCCAAGAGUCUGGAUUUCAGUAAGCCAACGUGCACACGCACACUCAACAUGAGUUUCAGUGACGACUCAUCUGAGCGCCUCUGA